AUGGAAGAUGUUAAACCCCCACAGGGGUCUGUUGUAAUCAUUGGAGCCGGUACUCAAGGUAGACGUCUUGCGCACAUGUGGUCAAGCCGAGGCGGCACUGUCUGUCUAGUAGAUCUUCAAGCGCAACAGCUACAAGAUGCUCUGAAGUACGUGGAACAGCUUCGUGCGGAUGCUACAGAUCAUGAAGGAAACUGGGGUCAGAUUGAGACUGCCCAGCCCACUUCCUUGCAAUCUACACUGAAAGAUGCAUGGCUCGUUGUUGAGUGUGUGCCGGAGAACUUGGAGCUAAAGCGAAAAGUAAUCACUCAACUCGAUGACCUUGCACCUGAAGGCACAAUUAUUGCUUCCAACUCGAGUAGCUAUGGAAUCUUUGAGAUUAUCCAGGGCAUGACCCUGAAAAACAGCAAAAGAGUUAUGAGCGCGCAUUGCUAUUGGCCACCAGAGACAUCCGCAAUUGAAAUCAUGGGCCAUAAGGAUAGCGAUCCUAAGCUGAUUGAUCUAGUCUUGAAACAAUGUAAAGAACAUGGAUUCUCACCUUUCCAUGUCAAAAAGGACUCUAUCGGCUACAUCUACAACAGAAUCUGGGCUGCUAUUAAACGAGAGACUCUACUCACAUUGUCUGAAGGCGUUGCCACGCCCGAAGAAAUUGAUGCCAUUUUCAAAGAUGUCUUGAAGACACCUAAGGGUCCAUGUGAACAAAUGGAUGUUGUUGGUCUGGAUGUUGUGUUGGACAUUGAGAAUCACUACGCCGAAUCUCGCAGUGGGAUUCCCACAGAACCGCGGGAUUACCUUCGAAAGAUGAUUAAAGGUGGAAGUUUGGGUGUCAAGAAUAACCGAGGAUUCUACGACUAUGAACAAAAAUGA